AUGAAUGGCUCUAUACUUUCAGAUAUACCUCCUGGAUUUACUGUUCCUUCUACCGAGGAAGUUGCCCAGUUUGCUGUAAAAGGUGGCGAGCAAUUCAAAUUCGAGACGGAAGUGAAUCGCAUGAUGAGUAUCAUUAUCAAAAGUCUAUACAAAAACAAAGAGGUGUUUCUUCGCGAGCUGAUUUCGAAUGCCUCGGAUGCUCUUAACAAAAUUCGAUUCUUGUCAUUGACUAAUCAAAAAGAAAUGCAACACAACUCAGAUCUAAAGAUUAGUAUUGUAGCUGACAAAAAACGUAAAACCCUGACCAUUACUGACACUGGUAUUGGCAUGACUAAAGCCAAUCUGCGCGAAAAUCUGGGAACCAUUGCAAAGUCUGGCACCUCGGAGUUUCUUUUAAAUAUCCAGAAAAACGGCACCAAUAAUGGCCAGAUUGGACAGUUUGGUGUUGGCUUUUAUUCUGUGUUUUUGGUUGCAGAUGCUGUUACCGUUAUCAGUAAAAAUAAUGCCGAUGAUCAAUAUAUUUGGGAAUCCACAUCUGAGCAUGAUUUUAAAAUUGUUCAAGAUCCACGAGGAAACACUCUUGGUAGAGGCACCCAAAUCAUUAUCCACCUGCAGUCGGAUGCGUAUGAGUUUCUUGAAGAUGAAAAGAUCAAAAAGCUGAUCCGAAAGCAUAGCCAGUUUAUUGAUUUUCCCAUUUAUAUGUGGACUAUUCGUACCAUUGACAAGCAAGUUGUUGAAAACGAAGCUAAAUUAUCCAACAGCCAAGAGAAUACCGACGAGCACGAGAUUCUUGAUAGUAGCAAUAAGGAAAAUGGAAAUACAAAGACUGUAUCACAUAGGAUUGCAGAUUGGGAACUUCUUAAUAUACAUAAACCCAUUUGGACUCGUCCUGCAUCUUUGGUAACUGAAAAAGAGUAUGGUGAAUUUUACAAAUCGUUUUUCCGGGACACUCUUCCACCUCUUGCUUAUAGUCACUUCAAAGUCGAGGGAGAUACCGAUUUUAAAUCGAUUGUUUUUAUUCCCAAGAAUCCGCCAUACAAGUUUCUUCAACCCGAUGAGCCUCAAGGAAAAAACAUUCGUUUGUUUGUUCAUCGAGUGUUUAUUACUGACGAACUUUCCGAGUUUUUACCUCGCUGGCUUAGUUUUGUCAAGGCUGUUGUUGAUUCAGAUGAUCUUCCAUUAAGCGUGUCUCGUGAAACUCUCUCAAAGCAUGCCGUGCUAAAAGUCAUUCAAAAAAAAGUGAUUGCCAAAGCCAUUGAACUCAUGAUACAACUGUCAAAAGAUCCAAAAGAGUAUAAGCAAUUCUACAAAUCAUAUCGUUUGGCAAUCAAGUUUGGUUUGGUAGAAUCAAAGGGGUAUUACAAUAAGCUUGUCAAGCUACUUCGGUAUGAGUCCACCACGCAUGAGCUGACAAGCUUGCAAGAUUAUGUUUUACGUAUGAAAAAAGAUCAGCCGCAGAUCUACUUUAUAACUGCAGGCGAUGUGCAAACUGCCAAACACUCUCCGUUUGUUGAAAAACUAACUGCUCGUGGAUACGAGGUUUUGUAUAUGACUGAUCCCGCCGAUGAAUAUCUAGUUCAAGGCGACUUGAAAAAGUUUGCUGGAAAACCAAUGCAACACAUUGCCAAAAGUGGACUGCUGUUUGGGGAUGAAAAUGAGUUUACGACCCAAAGAGAAAAAUUGCAGCUUCAAAAGUAUCAGCCACUGCUUGACUGGCUUAAACUUAAACUAGACUCGAUGGUAGAAACCGUUCGUAUUUCUAUGCAGCUUACCACCUCUCCUAGCGCAGUACUUGCAAAUGUUCAUGGUCUUUCUCCUAGCGAAGAAAGAUUGUAUGCUGCACAAUUGGGUGAUCGUGAUGAUCCAUUUUAUCAGUUUUCUAUUGCCCAAAAGCGUAUCUUAGAAAUCAAUCCUAACCACCCAAUUAUUGAAGGUAUGCUUAAAAAGCUUAAUGAUGGAGAAGAAGAGGCCAUGUCAGAUGUGCCAUAUUUGUUGUUUGAAGCCACCGCAAUUGGAUCUGGAUGGGAACCACGCGAUACAAGAAAGUUUAUGACUUCUGUUGAAGGAACACUACGUAGAUUUAUUGGUGUAGAUACAGCAGCCGAAUCCAAGGUUCAGAUUGAACCUGCUCAAGAAAACGAUAUCCCAAUAGCUGAGCGUAUAGCUAUGAUCAAGACUGAUGAUUUUGUAGAUUCAGAUCAGAUUCGAGAUCCAUAUAUGGAUCUUUACGAUGAACUGUAG